UUUUUCAAAAAUUUUUAGAGAAUAUUUUUAAAAUUUUGUUUUUUUUUGUUGUUUUUUCUUUCGUUUGUAAUUGUUUAUUAUUAUUAUUUUAUUAUUAAAGGUGAACAUUUUAAGAAAGCCAAAAAAAAUUCUUUUGGUAGUAAAAAAUUAAAAAUUUAAAUUGCGGCGACGGUGUGCUGCUUGCUUUUUGUUUUUAGUUUUUUAAAGUUCGUUUUUUUUGUUUUUGAAUUUUGUUGUUGCCGUUUUUUUUUUACAUUCGUCAAUCGUACUUUUUUGGUCUUUUUGUUCUCUAUUUUUUUUUUGUUAAUUAUUGUACACCUAUAUAACGAAUUUCUUUUUAUUAUUUUCAUAUCGUUACAUGUUUUUUUUGUUUAUUUUCGAAAAGGGCAACAACAUACAUACACAUAUAUAAAUGAAAUUAUAUUAGGUACAUAUAAGAAAAAUAUAAAAAAAAAAAAACAAAUUUAACAAAAUUUUUAAAAAAUAUAAAAAAAUUUUUGUUUAAAUAAAAUUGGCAUUACUUUUAAAUUAAAACGAAAAUUAAAGGUUUAAAAAUUUGUUUUAAAAUUUAUAAAAAAAAACACACACACACACAAAUUAAAAAUUCAUAUUUUUAAUGAAAAAUUAAAAUCAAAAAAUAAAAUAAAUAAAAAAAAAUCAAAAUGAACGAUAUUAAAGAAUUAAUACAAAAUUUAAUUGAAAAAAAAGGUCGAUUUCAAAUUAUUUUGAUUGUAUUGCUAUGUUUAAAUAGCAUUCAAGUUGGAAUAAAUCAUACGAUAACAUCAUUUCAUAUAUAUACACCAUCAUUUCAUUGUAAUGAUAAUGCAUUACCUAAAUGCACACCCACUAAAAAUAAUUUAACUUGCUGUGAUGUUAUAGUAAAUGGUACAAAUUGCCCAGGUGGUUUUACUUUCGAUGAAGAUGAUGAUAGAACAAUUACAGUUGAGUGGUCUUUAGUAUGUAAUAAUGAAUUUCUUGCUCCAUUAAUAAAUACUCUAUAUUUUGUUGGUGUUACAAUUGGUUCGCUAGUAUGCAGUACGCUUUGUGAUUUAUGGGGACGUAAAAAAUUGGUAUUAGCUUGUAUGUAUUUACAAGCUAUUAUGUCACUUGGUUUAUAUUUCUCAAGUAGUUUAAUUGUUUUUGCAAUAUUUCGUGUUGCACAAGGAUUUUUUAUACAAGGAUUACAAACAUGCUCAUAUACAUUAAUGUUAGAAUAUUGUCCAUCAAGAAAACGUACAGCUGCUGCUGUAUUAUGGGAAUGUAAUUGGGCAAUAGGUUUAGGACUAUUAGGUGGCAUAGCAUAUUUUAUACGUGAUUGGAGAAUUUUAACAUUAGUUUUAUUAACACCAACAGCAUUAAGCUUAUUAUAUUUUUGGAUUAUACCAGAAUCAGUAUCAUGGUUAUAUGCUAAUGGAAGGCAACAAGAAGCCCUUGAAAUAAUUAAAGAUAUUGCAAAAAAAAAUAAAAACUCACAAUUAUUAGAGAAUUGUAAUCGAUUUAGUCCAAAUGAAAAACCACUAUUAGAAAAGAAUGGUAGUAAUAUAGCCGGUGGUGGUGGAUUAAAUAAUGAUAAUGAAGCCCAUAAUAUGCUCAAUUCACAUGAUAAUGAAAGUAUACAUGAGCAAAAAUUUAAAGUUAAAGAUUUAUUAAAUAAUCUUAUAAUUAGAAAACAUUUAUUAAUUGUAAUAUGUAUAUGGUUUUCUGUUACACUCUCAUAUUAUGGUAUCUUAUAUUUUCUACCAAAUUUACCUGGAUCACGUCAUGUUAAUUUCUUAAUUGGUGCAGCCAUUGAAGGUGCCGCUUAUAUAUUAGCAUAUUUUGUAUUAUCUAAAUUUGGUAGACGUCUACCAAUGGCAUUUUAUCAGUAUGCAAAUGGUACAUUAAUUGUAUUAAUGGGUUUAUUGGCAUUAGCAGAACCAACUCCUGCAUUAAAAACAUUUUUAACUGUAAUUGCAUUAAUUGGCAAAGGUUUAGCUGUAUCGAGCUUUUGCAGUAUGUUCAUAUAUGGUAGUGAAUUGUUUCCAACUGUUUGUCGUGGCAUUAGUUUAGGUUUAUGUGGUUUUGCAGCUAGAUGUGGAAGUUUAUUAGCCCCACAAUUAAUGUUUAUGGUUACAUUCGCCCCUGUUUAUGUUCCAAUGGUUAUAAUGGCAAUUUUAUUAACAAUUAGUGGUACAGCAACAUUAUGGUUGCCAGAAACAUUAUCAACACAAUUACCAAAUACACUAGACGAAACAAACGAAGUAUGGGGUAAAAAAAAUAGAGGAAAAUAAAACAAAAAAAAAUUUUUAUCCAUUUAGUUUUAGAAAACAAAAAGAAAAAAAAAAACACCAAAAGAAUAAUAAAAUAAUAUUUUUAUUUUUA